UAUUUGCCAAUAAAUAAUUGGUACUAAACGCACGCGUAAACGAUACGGUUUAAACAUCGCUGCAUUGGAGUUUAUGUCACAGCUUUCUUUCUGGAAAGUAUAGUUAAUGAUUUGUCGAGAGAAGAAGCUGCUCCUAUAAAGUCUCGCCUGCCGCUGCUGAUUUUGAUUUAGUAGAGAAAUUCAGAAAUCGAUCGAUAUCGUUUUUACGCUUCAGUCUUCACACGCAGGCGCUUUUGAAACACUGAGAUAGAGGCUAAGUGGAGUAAUAUAUAGAGAUAAAUAUGACGGAAAAGGAAGAAAUUCAUUUGAAAGUUGAGAACAAGAUCAAGUCCGAUGAGAAGGCAGAAAAGACUGAGGCGGAAAUUGAUGUGAAGAGCAAAUCAGUGGAGAAAGAAGACAAGCUUAAGCACAAGGAUGGUAAGAAAGAAGACAAGCAUCAGGAUUCCAAGAAGGAAAAGAAUACAGAGGCGAGUGGAGAUGAAGAUGAUAAGAAGAAGAUGAAAAAGGGGAAAUCAAAGAAGGAAAAGAGCAAAGAGGAGGGCGAAGAUGAAGAAGAUAAGAAGAAGAUGAAAAAGGACAAAUCUAAGAAGAAAGAAAAGGACAAAGAGGAGAGUCAAGAUGAAGAUGAAGAAGAUAGGGACAAGGUGAAAAAGGAGAAAUGUAAGAAGAAAGAUGGAGAGAAGAAACACAAGAAAGAGAAGGAUACAGAAAAGGAAAUAAAACACGAAGAGGGGGGAGAAGCUGUUGAACAUAUACUUGAAGAGAAGGGUGAGGACAAGCAUGACAAAGAGGAUGAUAAGAAGGGAAAGGUGAAGAAAGACAAAAAGGAGAAGGGAAAGGAAAAGAAAACUAAGGGCAAAGAGGUAGACUCUGAGGAAAUAUCAGAUGAAGAAAACGACGAGGAAACAGAAGAUAAAAAAACAAAAAAGGAUAAGAAGAAGAAAGAAAAGAAGGAAAAGGGAACUAAAACGAAAUGCAAAAAUGAAGGGAAGGAUGAAGAAGUGCAUGAUAGAGAAGAGGUUGAGGUGUCUGGGCCUGAUGUGGCCACAAGAGAAAUACAAAUAGAUGGGAUUGAAUCAGAGGGAAUAUGUAAGACUGAAAAGAAAGAAAAGGAGUUCAAGGAUGACAAGAAAGACAAGUCUGAUAAGAAGAAGAAAACUAAAGGCAAGACAAAAUGCAAAGAUCUUGACACGCUGAAAAAGAAGCUGGAGAAAAUCGAUGCAAAAAUGGAAGUUAUAGUGCAGAAAAGAGCAGAGAUCUUGAGACAGAUGAAAGAAGCUGAAGACCAGAAGUCUUCUCUUGCUGGGGCUGAUGAUGGGCAGCAUUAGGCGGCAUAUGUAAUACUUCUAUAUAUUUUACUGUGUUAUCUCUUUUAUUGACGUUUUUUGCUCUGUAUUUCCAUGCCAUACAAAGUUCAAUCUUUUGAUGUAGUAGAUUGUACAAUUGUAAUUUAAUUGCUUCUUCUUUUGUCUUGGGAGUGUUUAAAUGAAUAAAUAUGGCAUUUAUCGUGUUAA